CCUAUGGCAUCACCCAGCAAUGACUCCACUACCACAGUCUCUGAAUUCCUCCUCAUCUGCUUCACCAACUUCCAGAGUUGGCAGCACUGGCUGUCCCUGCCCCUCAGCCUUCUCUUCCUUCUGCCCAUGGGGGCUAACACCACCCUCCUGAUCACCAUCCAGCUGGAGGCCUUGCUGUACCAGCCUCUGUACUACCUGCUCAGCCUCCUCUCCCUGCUGGACAUCGUGCUUUGCUUCACCGUCAUCCCCAAGGUCCUGACCAUCUUCUGGUUUGACCUCAGGUUGAUCAGUUUCCCUGCCUGCUUCUUCCAGAUGUUUAUCAUGAACAGUUUCCUCCCCAUGGAGUCCUGCACGUUUAUGGUCAUGGCCAUCUGCCACCCACAUUUAUGGUAUGUGGCCAUCUGCCACCCACUGCGGUACCCAUCCAUCAUCACUAAUCAAUUUGUGGCCAAAGCUAGUGUCUUCAUUGUGGUGAAGAAUGCCCUUCUUACUGCACCCAUUCCUAGCCUCACUUCUCUGCUCCAUUACUGUGGGAUAAACGUCAUUGAGAACUGCAUCUGUGCCAAUCUGUGUCCAAGACCUGUGUCCAGGCUCUCCUGUGAUAAUUUCACCCUUAACAGAAUCUACCAAUUUGUGGCUGGUUGGACCUUGCUAGGCUUGGAUUUCAUCCUCAUCUUCCUCUCUUACACCUUCAUUCUAAGAGCCGUGCUUAGAUUCAAAGCAGAGGGAGUGGCAGUGAAGGCCCUGAGCACAUGUGGCUCCCACUUCAUCCUCAUUCUUUUCUUCAGAACCAUACUGCUGGUUUUGGUGUUGAUAAAUGUGGCCAGAAGGAAGGUCCCCAUGGACAUCCUGAUCCUGCUCAACGUCCUUCAUCACCUUAUUCCUCCUGCAUUGAACCCUAUUGUGUAUGGGGUUCGGACCAAAGAGAUAAAACAGGGAAUUCAGAAACUACUGCAGAGAGGGAGGUGA